GCAGUUUCCGGGUUUGAUGAAAUAUUCCCUGCUGCUUUAGAUUCCGACGAGAACCAAUAACAAACAAACAAACAUUUGAAGGGUGUUUUUAAUCCAGUGAUUGUUAUUUGACCUUUAGGUUGUGUUUAAUGUUAGUGUCGUGUAUAGAGAGAAUAGUAAAACGUGCUAGGCGGCGCUGUCAUUUCUUGAACUUUUCUUUGAGCUAAAUCAAGCUAACGAGACAAACCCGGAAAUCUGGUUAGUUGUUCAUCAGCGUAAAAGAAACGUAAGCACGUUAAAGUGACGUCGCUUUUAUUUUGAAAGUUUCACAAAGUUGGCUGAACGUCAUUUUCUUGUUGUGUCAUGCUUGACUGUAGUGCUGCAACUAUAGUUUCACGCAUAUUGCUACGUUGUGUUUUUCUUAUUCUGUUGAUCCAGAGAGACUUUUGAGAGUCUUCUGAUUGUUCUUCACUACGACAGCCGUUUGAGUUGGACCACAUGGGGGACAUGGUGGACCCCUGUGCGGUGUUGUAGACGUCUUUCUGAAGAAGUUGUCGUCAGGCCUGUACGGGUUAUUUCCAUCACUUCCACGGGCAAACAAGUCCCUGCACCGAAAUGUCACUGGACGACUAUGAGAGACACUUCGCCUCGCUAAAUUCAGAUCUGGGCGGCGGGUCUGUGGUCAGUGAGCGAUCAGCGGCGAGCACGUAUAAUGGCGAAGAGGAGAAGCUACAUUACAUUCCGAUCCGGAUCCUCGGGAGGGGGGCGUUUGGCGAAGCAACCCUGUACAGGAGAACAGAGGACAACUCCCUGGUAGUAUGGAAGGAAGUGGAGCUGAACUCGCUCUCAGAAAAGGACCGCAGAGAUGUCAUGAACGAAAUAAGCAUCCUGUCCAUUCUGGAGCACAACAACAUUAUAGCCUAUUUCAACCACUUCAUGGAUAAGAACACUCUUUUCAUUGAGCUGGAGUACUGCAAUGGAGGAAAUCUCUAUGAUAAAAUCGUCCAACAGAAGGGGAAACUUUUCAGUGAAGAUGUUGUCAUUUGGUAUCUGUACCAAAUAGCCUCAGCAGUUGCCCACAUCCAUGAAGCCGGGAUCUUACACAGAGAUAUCAAAACUCUGAAUAUUUUCCUUACAAAGACUGACCUCAUCAAACUGGGUGACUACGGCCUUGCAAAGAAGCUAGACUCUGAAUUUUCAAUGGCAGAGACUUGUGUGGGAACUCCAUACUACAUGUCACCUGAGUUGUGUCAGGGAUCAAAGUACAACUUUAAAUCAGACAUCUGGGCCAUGGGUUGUGUGAUUUUUGAAGUCUUAACCCUCACAAGAACAUUUGAUGCAACGAAUCCUCUGAACCUCUGUGUGAAAAUAGUCCAGGGCAACUGGACUAUGGAAAUGGACUCAGAUGUUUAUUCUGCUGAAUUGAUCAAGCUGGUGUAUGAGUGCCUGGAUAAAGAUCCUGCUAAGAGGCCGACAGGAGAUCAGGUUCUGGACCAGCCGUAUAUCUCCUGCCGCAGACAGGAGCUUGAAGAGCAAGUUGCCCUGCUGAAUUCAGCAAUGAAGAAACCAAAGCUGAGUACAGUGACUGACACUCCUGUUGCUGUGGUGACCACACGCUCAAGGGAAGUGUAUUUCUGGGGCGGGGGUAAAUUCACUCCACAGAAGCUGGAUGCUUUUAAAGGAGGCAGCAGUGCCCAGCACGUGUGCGCAGGGGAGAGUCACUUUGCUGUGGUGUCAGUGGAAAAGGAGCUGUAUACCUGGGCUAAUGUCCAAGGUGGAGCAAAGAUGGUGGGCCAGCUGGGGCACGGAGACCAGGCCUCGUACCGGCAGCCAAAGAGGGUGGAGAAGCUGCAUGGGACGGCUGUCCGACAGGUGGCGUGUGGGGCUGAUUUCACAGCUUGUGUCACCGACGAGGACCAAAUGUACAUGUUCGGGUCAGACUAUUACGGCUGCAUUGGAGUGGAGGGCAUGCUCGGCAGUGAGAUUUUGGAGCCAGUGUUUUUGGAGUUUUUCGAGGAGCGGCCUGUGCGUCAGGUUUCAUGCGGAGACAACCAUGUGGUGGUCCUGACGCAGGGUGGGAACAUCUACUCCUGGGGCUGUGGAGAGUAUGGGCGUCUGGGCCUGGAAUGUGAGGAGGACUUUUCUUCUCCAAUGCAGGUGGAGAUACCUAAAGGCGCCACCAUCUCCUCAGUCUCGUGUGGCAGUGACGGAACCUUCUUUCUGACAGAGGCUGGCAAAGUGUUAGCAUGCGGAAACAAUGAAUUCAAUAAGCUUGGUCUGAACCAGGGAAUCACUGGUCUCAAAAAUCACCCUGGAGAGGCUCACCAGGCGAUCCCGUACAUCACCACACUGACCUUGGCGAAGCAGCUGUCGCGGUUCAAGAUUGAGGCCAUAGCUCCAGGAAAGACCCACACUGCUGCAGUCGAUGCACGUGGUCGACUGAUCACAUUUGGUUGCAAUAAGUACGGACAGCUGGGUGUGAAGGACUUUAAGAAACAUCAGGGUGUCCAAGUCCUUGUUGGACCCUUUGGAGGGAAGUUUGUGACCAAAGUGUCCUGUGGAGACGGCUUCACCAUUGUAGCCACUGAAGACAAUCAGAUCUUUGCGUGGGGAAACGCAGGAAAUGGGCGUCUGGGGAUGCCUGCUGAUAAGGGAUUUGGUUCAGAGGUUUGCCCUGCCAUGCCACGACCCAUCUUUGGUUCCCUUCACCACGUACCAGACCUGUCUUGCCGUGGUUGGCACACCAUAAUCAUAAUGGAGAAGGUGCUCAACUCUAAGACUAUUCGAUCCAACAGCAGUGGACUGUCAGUUGGAAGUGGACUGGAUCAGGAGGCUUCUACAUCCACAGUGGAUCCAGACAUAGAACACGGUUCAGAGACGGAGGGUCGUGACAGGGGUCUUGGGGGGACAAUGGAGGAUAAUACAGAGGAGUGUUUCAUGGGGACCCCAACGAUGUCUGGUGCGAAUCAGACUGGGGACAGCUCCUGCCCGUUCUGGCUCAGAAAGGAGCUUGAGGACGCAGAGUACAUCCCCAUACCACACGACUCGGACCUGCCCUCCCCUGACCAGCUCCCUUCUUAUUCCGAUAGUGUCACUCUUCCUUACGACGAGCUGAAGGAGCUAAAGGCUGCAGCAGCAGCUGUCAGCUCUCCAAAAGAACUAUCGACGAAACGAAUGGACUGUGGUGGAGUCAAUGGACUGGAGAAAGCAGACUUCUGCAAAAAAGGAGAAUCUGGAGCAUGCUGUAAAGCAAGCAGCGAGGUCUUACAGUUGCGAGAAACAGUCUCACAACAGAAGAUGAGGAUCCAAAUGCUUGAGAAGCAGAUUGAGGAGCAGAAGAAUGAGAACCAAAGGCUCGUAGCAUCAAUGAAUCGGCUAACACUGCAGGAUGCAGGACGUGACAAUAACAGGAACAGUCACUCUGAUCGUUUGCCCCGGGAUGGAAGAGGAAGCGGAGGUGGAUUCACAAACCACGGGGGCCGAUCUGCAGGAGCCGGCGUGUGAGACUGAAACCUGCAAAUUUCCUGAUCAUGGGAUAAUUGUCCGAUUUUUUUAAGCACUUGUUGAAUGAAACAAGUCAGAUCGGUAGGGAGUGGAGGUUAUGGUAGAGGUGCAACCACAUUGCAGCCUUGGUCCAUUCACAAUGGUUACGUUACAGAAUAUGUGUUUGACAGAGCACCAGAUUGCAUGAGUAAUGCUGUACAAUACCUUGCACACUCUCACAUGCACACUUGUGUUAACCCGGUCGGAGUGAUCGUGGUAGGUUUUCCACAGACUGAAAUGUUGGCUGGAUUCAACAUGAAGGAUUGGACCUUUACAUCCGCUAUAGACAAUCAAUGUAGUGUUACUCUUCAAUGAAAGAGUCAAAGUUUAAGUUGUAUAACUGUUGACUUUGAGUGAUGUCAGCACUGAGGCCUCAGAUGAAAGUAUUUAUAACAAAACAGGCAAGAACAGCUUUUACAAUCUGUAAACCGUUUGUGUAUCAUGCAGAGGUUGCAGUUUCCUCAUUUACAGAAAGAUGUGCGGCCGACAUGAUGUCUUGGUUUGUUUUAACUCAUGUGGCUCCGUCUUUCAUUGAGAAAACAUCAAUCUUUUAUACAUCAUUUGUUUUUAUUUCUUUCUUUCCAUUUGAUAUUCUCAAAAAGCUAAAGUUCCAAAGACAUAAAUGGCCUCUGAAACAUGUUUAUUCAUGAUUAUCAGACAAAAAGAAUCUUAUCCUGCAAGUAUAUACUUUUUAAAAUGUGCAUCUUUCAUUGCAUAUAAACGCCUUAGUGUGAAACAUGAAACUACUGAUUGUUAUUUUCUACUUUUUCUUAUUGCUUUCUUUAACCCUGAGUUUUUGGUGGUUCAGCACAUGUGUGGACAAUUGAACAGUUUUAUUUGAAUGCGAAAAAUGUUGAAGCAUACGUCAUAAGGCUGACCUUACAGCUACAUUGUUGUUUCUUAUUACAUUUUUCAUUCAUUCAGUCUGUCCGUGGUACUUUAUGGAUGUUUUACUGUGAUUUGGAUCAUUGUUGAGAACGAAUAUGUUAUAUCUUUCGAUGUUGUUGGUUUGUUUGUUGUGUUUUAUAACAAACAUAUAUAUAAAUGUAAAAUCCUCUGUCAGUUUAAACUGUUGACUCAUGCUUGGUGAACUGUCAGAUGUCAGCAGCGUAACACUGGCUGUAUUUCACGCAGUAAAUGUAACAUAUUUACAGUGCCUUAAAGCUAUUCAAACCAAAACAAGUGCAGAUAUGAUAAUGCAGUGCCUUAGUGUUACCUUAGGUUAUUUUUUUAACAUGUUGACAGCAUUUAAGAAUGUGAUUCAUCUUUUUUAACUGAACCAAAUAUUGUGGAGAUGUAACGGCUGUUAAGACGCUCUUUCUUUCACAGACGCACUGUUGCGCCAUGCUUUGUGUAAAAGCCAUAAAUAAAACCAACAGCUGUCCUUUUUUA